ACAUUCUGUUAAGGCGUACCAAACAAUGCAGGAUCCUAAGCGCAAGGAGGCGGCGGCUGGUGACCUCUUUUGGAAGUCGAAGGUCAUGCACAAGACACUCACGGCGUGUGUUCAAGUGGCGUGCAACGCAGAGAGCGCCCGUGACCAGCUGGCCUGGGCCGACAAAAUGGGCAAAAUCAUGAACUCCAUGAUGGCAAUCUUCAGAAUCAUGGACGACCUGAAGCAAAAUCUAUCCAAAGAAAGAGCAUUGACAAGAACUCUCACUUCCGUGAUGCAAAAACACGGCCACGGAGACAUGUACGACCUCAAAGACAUGGAGUCGUGUGGAGACGAGGCAGACAUAGCCCUGCUGCUGGCGCGUGCCAACGUGGGCGCUCAGCAGCCGGCCGACGCUGGCUCGUCCCCCAGCCGCUGGAGCUGGCUACAGGGCAAGCGCACCUGGCUGCUGCUGGUCGGCGGUGGCGCGCUGCUUGGCUGCUCGCUCUGGCUAGCGCUGACCGAGCGGUGGCCGGCCGAGGCGCUGGUCGGCCUGCUCCGGCUGCCGGUCACCCUGCUGGCCGCGCUCGGCCUGACACGCGGCGCAGAGCCCGGCCUCUGGGAGACGGCCCAGCUGUGGCUGGCUAGCAUGGUGUACGGCGUGCUCUGCUGGCUGCCUGGCAUUUGCAGCAGCGGCGAGCCUGUCAGCGCCGGCUCGCUCUGGACGCUGGCGCAGAAGUUGUCGCCCCUCUGAGGCCCUGGCCGCCAUUACACCGCCUCACUGGGGAAUGACGUGACUGACACUCACACAAAGUCCUUGUUCUUCCUCGUCCGGCUACCUAGUAAUAAAUUUGUCGUUGCUUUU